CCCCAAUUCAACACAGCGUCGUGCCAAUUUGUUCAGUUACGGCGGCGCCAUGUUCUGCCCGUCCCCUCUCCCGCAUUUGGUUUUUCCUCUACGCUUGAAAACUGGCUGGCACACUAUAUCGACUGAAUCAAGUACAUACGUUAGAACAUAUUUGAGUGUAAUAACAGAUAAGAUAUGUAGGAAUGAUAAUGGGUUGACUCAUUGAAUAAUUUGACUCAACUGUCAUGAUCAAUUUUGGUAUUGGGUCCAACCCAAACGAUGUCAUA